UUUGAAAGUUUGCGUAAGCUUGCGCUUAUGACGUUUGACUAUAUUAUAACUAGUCGUUCUGUGUUGUUUCUAUCCAUUUGUGAUGGUUUUGGGGUCAUAGCCAGCCGCAAGCUUGAAACUCAACCCAAACAUGGCAAAUGCUUCGGUUGUUCCUUCUGGAUACCUGCAACGCCAGGAUCCUCGAACACCUGAAUGGCUGAACAAGGGCGACAAUGCAUGGCAGAUGAUAUCUGCUACACUCGUGGGCAUGCAAGGGAUGCCAGGGCUAGUCAUCCUUUAUGCAGGUCUUGUCAAGAAGAAAUGGGCACUCAACUCAGCAUUCAUGGCACUGUUUGCCUUUGCAGCUGUCAUGCCUUGCUGGGUGCUAUGGGCUUACAAAAUGUCUUUUGGUCAUAAGCUUCUUCCAUUCUGGGGGAAGGCUGGCCUUGCCGUUUCCCAGGACUUCUUGAUCCCCCAAGCCGUUCUCCCCUCCACAAGUUACAAAAAUGGAAGUUAUGUAACUCCAGCAGCUACACUGUUAUACCCCACAGCUACCAUGGUCUUCUUCCAGUUUGCCUUUGCAGCCGUGACUGUGAUACUGCUUGCCGGGUCGGUUCUGGGUCGGAUGAGCAUCAAAGCUUGGAUGCUCUUUGUACCACUAUGGAUUACUUUCUCCUACAGCGUCGGAGCCUUUAGCGUAUGGGGUGGUGGCUUCCUCUUCCAGUGGGGUGUGAUGGAUUAUUCGGGUGGUUAUGUUGUUCAUUUAGCUUCUGGUGCAGCAGGAUUCACAGCAGCUUUCUGGGUUGGUCCAAGAUCGAGAGAAGACCGGGAUGAAUUCCCGCCUAACAAUCUCUUACUAGCACUUGCUGGGGCUGGAAUUCUUUGGAUGGGUUGGAGUGGUUUCAAUGGUGGAGAUCCUUUUUCAGCUAAUGUGGAUUCAUCCAUGGCUGUCCUCAACACUCAUAUCUGUGCGGCCACUAGUCUCUUGGUAUGGACAUGCUGGGAUGUUCUCUUCUUCAAGAAGCCCUCUGUGAUUGGAGCCAUCCAGGGAAUGAUAACUGGGUUGGUCUGUAUCACUCCUGGUGCAGGUCUCGUUCAGGGAUGGGCUGCCUUGGUAAUGGGCAUAGCUUCUGGGACAAUUCCCUGGUACACCAUGAUGGUUUUGAGCAGGAAGCUGCCGUUUCUGCAGGCUGUUGAUGACACCCUUGGUGUGUUGCAUACUCAUGCUGUUGCCGGAAUCUUGGGUGGUGCUCUUACGGGACUCUUCGCUCAUCCAGACCUCUCAAGCUUGUUCCUAACCGUCCCCAAAUCAAAAGGCUCCUUCUAUGGUGGUAAACGUGGAGUUCAAUUUUGGAAGCAGUUGGUUGGAGCAUGUUUUAUAGUUGGUUGGAAUGUACUGGCUACAUCCAUCAUUCUCUUGGUUAUUAAACUUCUAAUACCUCUUCGAAUGACUGAGGAAGAGCUCAAGAUUGGGGACGAUGCAGCUCAUGGAGAGGAAGCCUAUGCUCUUAUUGGGCAAGGACAAAGAGAACAACGAUAUACACAAGAUGGUAACAAUGGUGCCAUCCAGCUUGAAGCGCAGAACGCAGUCUGAUGUUGGAAAAACUCCUUGCACAAGCAUUGUAAAUCACACCAACCAUGUAAGACAAACACAUUUAUAAUAAAUAAACAGUGCUCCCAAGAAGCUCAA